AUGGGAAGACCGGGAAAGGGACACUAUUGGACGAUCGAUCCAACUGCCGAGUACAUGUUUCAGGAUGGUGCUAGCAGGCGAAGACCCAGGGGAUUUCGUCGCAAGUGUGCUAGUGCGGUAGCAGCUGCGGUGGCGGCAAAUAUUUCAUCGCCCAACGGCUAUGUUCACCUGCCGUAUGCCAAUUCAUCCUACAAAUUCCAACAAAAUCCUUUCCCUGGCCUCAAUCUGGGAACAUUCGGUGGUGAUCCUCAAUUCACCAAAGAGAUGCAACAAUUUCUCAUGCCAUCGACUACCCGAGCCCUCAGUCCUGGAUGUGGUAUGACUGCCGGUGAUCCGACUACACAAGUCAUAUCGAGUCCAUUACCACCUAUGGCUUCCAGUUUAAACAUGACCACGACUUCCGUCGCUCUGAACAAUUCCCGUGUUCCGCUACCAUCUACCCAAUUAAUGGAUCAGCAUGAGGAUCUUGGUCCAUCCUCUUCUUCCUCGGUAGACAGUCUGUUCAGUGUACAAACCAAUACGAAUGGGAUUUCACAUUCACUCAUUCCGAGUGGGAUGCUUUCAAUUGGUACAAAUUUUCCUCCCUCUUCCAGCGAAUCAAUAUUUAAAUCCAAUACUCCAAUUGCUAUGGUUACCAGUCUACCGGCUCCAUUGAUCACAAUGUCCCAACUGCUUCCACGGUCCCGAUCACCAUACUAUCAGGAAAGCAGUACACCCACCCCGGGUUCGAAUCACACGACAAGUGAACUGACAGAGGUCUAUCUUCAUCCUUCUGGUUCAGACAAUUUAGACACGAAUACCAGUAUGCCCUAUCAUCACCCACUGCCGUCUAUUUAUCAGGCAAUCACUUUCGGCUCGACUGCAAUCGCGCCCAGUUUGGGAACAAAUACGAUCUCAGCGACGUACGGGCAACACCAUUUACAACAGUCCAACCAGACAACGAGCAGCCAAGGGUUGACAACAAACACAAAUACCACGAGUGCAACAAAUUGUAUCAACCCGGACCUGUUGUAUCCGUACGACUUGCGCACCAGUUUCACUCAUUGCCCCGCAUCAGAUCGUACGCAAGAGAUCGAGACGGAACUACCACGAAGUUCCUCUCGCGAUUCCUCUCGAAAAGUCGGAUUGAAUUGCACCAGUAUUUUAGAUGCAAUGGGUUCGUUAUCACAUACGGGCUCGAAUCUGACUAACGUAUUACCCCAGCUCGAUUUGAACAAUGCUGGCAGUAUCCUGGAUUCCGAAUGGAAUACCUAUUCCGGAUGGCAGUAUCAAACAGACUCUAGGCAGAGUCGAUUUGCCCCAUCAACGGAAGAGAUCCCGACAACCGUGGCAGAGGUUCCCGGUCGAGAUAUUCUCAUUCAUGGAUCCGACAGUGGACUGGGUAUGAUGGGGAAUACGGAACCGUCUUGGGCUAUGUCUAAAACCGUUUCCGUUGCACCCAGAUACGACGAUCAUUUGAGUCAGAGUGUAACUCCCACAUCCCUGUCCCCCGGUGUCCUACCACAAACGUCCCCAUCCGGUACGGGAACAACUCAUACGACGACCCGCUCCGGCCAGCUCAAUCAACGAACAAAAGAUUCUCUCCUAUCCGGUGCAAUUUCCAGCGAUGGAGCCAUUGAACGGGCUCGUUCGAUGUUGACCAGUUUGAAUCAUCAGUUACAAUUACAAAUGUCCAGUUCCAAUUUCCCAUCAGGUGCGGGUAAAUCUGAAGCUCAUUCCGAGGAGGAGUUGAUUACAAACACCACCACGAACAACAACACUCCAUACGGUCAAGAUUUACUCACAAUGCAAGGUCAUCCUUCGUACAUUCACCCAAAUGAUGUUCGAGCGCCCUUACAAACGGAAAACAAUGGCCCGUCGCCUCCUGUCAAUUACAUGUGA